GCCCAAAUCCAAUCCAUUUCCUCACCUCCAAAAUCAAAAAACACACACACCCCCUCCAUCUUCUCCGCACAAAACAAACACCAUCAAUGGCUUCUUCCACCGCCUGUUUCUUGCGCCACCCCGCGCCAUCUGCGCACCCGAGGGCUAGCCCAUCGCACCGCGUGGCCGCCAAGGUGGGCCAGUUGGUGGUGUGCAGGGCUCAGAAACAGCAAGACACUGAGGAGGCUCAGGCCUUGACCGUGUCGCGCAGGUUGGCGCUCACUGUGCUGGUGGGCACGGCGGCGGUGAGCACCAAGGUGUCCCCUGCUGAUGCUGCCUAUGGAGAAGCUGCGAACGUGUUCGGGAAGCCGAAGACAAACACAGACUUCUUGCCGUAUAAUGGAGAUGGAUUCAAGCUGUUGAUCCCCGCAAAGUGGAACCCCAGCAAGGAGGUGGAGUUCCCGGGCCAGGUACUCAGAUACGAAGACAACUUCGACCCGAACAGCUACGUCAGCGUCAUGGUCACCCCAAACAGCAAGAAGACCAUCACUGAAUAUGGAUCUCCUGAAGAAUUCCUCGCCCAAGUUGAUUAUUUGCUUGGGAAACAGAAUUUUGGCAAAACUGAUGCAGAGGGUGGAUUCGAGCCCGAUGCUGUGGCCACUGCAAACAUCUUGGAAACCGCAACCCCUGAGAUUGAUGGAAAGAAAUAUUACAGCAUUUCAGUUCUAACUAGGACUGCAGAUGGCGAUGAGGGUGGCAAGCAUCAAUUGAUUAUAGCUACUGUGUCUGAUGGCAAAUUGUACAUAUGCAAGGCACAAGCUGGUGACAAGAGAUGGUUCAAGGGUGCGAGGAAGUUCGUCGAGAGCACCUGCAAGCUCCUUCAAUGUUGCUUGAAUGGUGAUAUCUUGAAAAGGAGAGAUCCUCCUUCUAAAACCUAAACUAAAAUAUUCAUCCCCCAUGUUUAAUAGUAAUGUUGUGUAUUCUUCGGGUUUUGGGCAUCAUAAAGGAAUCCUCAUGUUAUGCUUUAGAUGUUUUCUCAGGUCCCUAUGUAAGAACGAAUGUAUGGCUUGUUAAUGACCCCAAUUUCAGAGUGAAUCUAUAGUUCUGCAAUCUCCAUUUAGAAUGUAGUAGAGUUCACAAGGUACAUUGUUUAAGUUUCAAUA